GUUAAAUCAUGACAAUAGCGUUUACGUACUUUGUCCCUGGAAUACAAUGGAAUGGGUUUUUACUUGUCACUGUACUUACUCUAAACUGUCAGCUCUACUCUCUCAUUCUCUCUCUCCCUCCCCUUAACUUUUUUUUCUCGCUAGCAAUCCCUUCUUCCGUUCUCUUUCUCUCCACUCGCUUUCCUUUUCUCUCACUCACCCCUUUUUUCCUUUCUCUUUCUUCCCUCUCCCUGUUCGUUCCUCGUUUCUCUCUAUCUCUCCUCUCCUUUUUUGUUUGCCUUUUCUGUCUCUUUCUCCCCUUCCUUUCUCUCCCUAUCCAUCUCCUUUUCUUUCCUUGUCCCUUUCCCCUGAUCUCUCUAUCAUAGCUAUGAUCUGGUGUAUGCAUCAUGAUUUGGUUCAAUGAGUUUACAGGGUAAUACUUCUACGUAUCAUGCAUUUUAUAUUGCGAAUGCCAACGAAAAGCUAUGUGGUGAAACGAAAUGGAAUUGUUUACAAACGGUCUCUCUAACCAUAGUUGUCAAAUGCUAUACAGCUUCAGUCCACAACCAGUUUGUUGGAGCGUGAUUUACAGGAACGCUGUUGAAACAUCACUGGAAGGAAAUCCGAUUGACAUUGGUGACAUUUGUCUUUUGGUAAAUCACAGUGAGUAUGGCCGUAAACAAUUACUCUUGAACAUGAAGAAUUGAACCAUAACGGAGAGAUUUUGUGCUUUCAAUGGAUGUGCCGUAACGCUAAAUAAAACUGGCUGCAGGACUGUUGAGAGUAUCGGAGCAAUUAGGAGGUUUAUAUUUAUGAAAAUAGGCCUGAAUGAGUAAUUGUCUUUUUUUGUCCAGGACAGCUAAUAGGAGCCACGGUCAAGUAUUUAGCGACAUUUUGGAAACGAGGUCACUACUAGCUAUAGUCAUCGUGGUCAUCUCGUCACCUCGCUGACCUGACCAAGUUUAUCGAUUAUAGAGAGGGUUUAAUCUUCCGAUAUGCUCUAUCGGUCUGUGGCCGGGAUAACAAAAACUACUGACGGAUCAAAGAAGUUUAUAAAAUGCUGUUGAAAUGGAGUACGAUGCAAGAAGGAUUCCUGGAUUACUUCACUGUCUUUAGAGCCCAGAUAAUAGGCUCUCUCACUGUAUCAGUCAUGCAAAACAUAUCGUAAACAUACCGUCGAUUAUGACGUCAUCAAAGGAAAUCCCGACCAUAAAAACGCUUGCAUUAAAAGUUGAAUAUGAAUAACAAGCCAUGAUACCACCAGUGAUUUGAAUUUACUCGGCAUAACUAUGGUUAUGAUGGGCCUUCCUGUCUGAAAUGCAAAGGGAGAGAGCAUUGACAUUGUAUCAAGUGCAACAUUCCCGCCAUGGAUGGAAGCGAAGAAUUGUUGUUGACUAAGAAAUCGAAGGCGGACGGGCCAGUUGAUCAGGCAUUGGUCAGUUUUGGAUGGCGAGUGUAUGGGCUAAUUACUAUCACUUUACUGAAUAUAAUGAACUUUACUCAACAGUAUUUGCUCAUUGUUACAAUAUUUGGAAUGGCCAAUGAGCUGGAGUUUGGUGAAAGAGAAUGUCAGGUGAUCAACGAAACUGAAGCACGUGACUACCUCCAUGAUCGGAAUAUUACCGGCCAGGAACUGUGCGCUGAGAGAGGAAGGUGUUCUGAAAACAGCACGUUCUUCUUACCAGAUGCGUGUGCUAUACGAUACACAGGACAAGGUACACUCUAUGACGUAUUAGCUGGGCCAAUCUACCUCAUAAUACAGGGUGUGGCAGCAAUUCCAAUCGUAGGCUUGUUUCAAAGGCUUUCUUUGAGACCGACAUUUGCCAUUGGGAUACUCACCAUGAUGUGGACCCUCUGUACAUUUUCCACGGGCUUCGUAGAAGACUACUGGGCGAUCGCCUUGCUUCGCUUUUUCUUCGGCAUAUUUUCGGGUCCAUAUCCUCCUUUAGCUCUCGGAUAUUUAUCUCAUAUCUUUCCAAAGGAGGUACACACUGUGGUCUUUGGGAUAGCACAAUACGGGAACCUCGCAGGGUAUGGCGUAUCUUACAUCUUCAUUCUUGUCAGUGAAAGCAUGGGAUGGAGAUGGUGUUACAUCAUCUGCGGUGGGUCAGGUCUCAUCCUCGCCGUCGCUUCUUGCUUCAUGGUGCAACCAAAAGGACACCAUAGUCAAAACCAGAACACCUUGAUGCCAUCUUGGAGCCAGCUUCGUAUCAGUUUGAGACAGAUUGCUUGGUCUUUCAUGAUAUUUAUAAUCCUCGCACAAACAGCACGUAUUGCAGUCGCUUAUGUUCUGUCUUUCAACAUCACCGUUUACUUGGUCGAAUACUUUCCAGAUUUUAAUAUAUCUCUAGUUGGUGUGAUUACAAUAAUCGCGGCAUUUCCCAGCUGUAUCUUUGGAGGGAUGAUGUGCGAUCGUCUACGGAAAGUUGCUGGUUUACGCGGAAGGAUUUUCGUGACAGUCAUUCUCAUGAUAAUUUCGUUUACAUGCGGAGUAUUGAUAUUCCAAACCAGCAUUACCUCUCUGGUGAUUUUAUUUGGUAUCCUGAUCUUCGUGGCGGAAUGCGUCUACUUAACACUCCUCUCCAUCAUCUCUGAUCUUACACCCAUGGAAUGCAAGCUGGUCGUGUUUGCCAUCGCUUACUUCUCCUUACACUCCGUGGCAGGAGCCAUCAAUCUCCUGGUCACCCCGAUCGCCUCUGCGACGAGCUUCAGACUGGCGCUCACGCUUCUAGUUGGAACCCUGUUUGGGUUAUGUUUAAUAUUUCUUCUCCUCAGCUGGGUCACCAUGCACAUUCAGGAAGUGACCGACGGUCAAGUGGCCAGUCGAGAAACUGGGAAAGAACAAAGAGCGGGGGAGGUGACCGAGAACACUCCCCUGGUAUACGCUCAGAACAGACGUAAUAAUUCUAAUUAUGCUAGUUAAUGUUAUGCUAGUUCUUGUAUUUUGUUAAUAGGCUCCACUGAUCUUGCUGAAACUGGGUGUUUACACUGUGAUUUGCAUGGAUUUAAAUCCGGGUGCCCGUUUCAUAGUAUGGACUUACAGUUAUGGUAAACUUGCCACAAUUGUAACUGCCAUAGUAACGGGGCUCAAUCAGCAGUUAAAUAAAAAUCGAAUUUCCCAUAAUGCCAUAUUGUAUUUUUUUUUAUGAAACUGAUUUCAGAUCUGCUGUGAAUAGAGAGUUAAUUGACACACGUUGCAUCUGUGGAUUUGGAAUAAAAUAUUGAAGAUUUGAAAAUGAAAUGAUUUCAGAUUUAAGAACAGAUCUCAGGGGUUUAAUCCAAAUCCACAAUUCGAAUGGUCAAUAAUAACAGCCAAUCUGGGUUUUUUUUAUCCAUGUACUUUAGAGUGGAGACCCCUAAACUUCUCGAUUCUCAAUGUGUGAUCAUGAUUAUGAACAGAUAUUUUGGAUAUAUUAUAGGCUGAAAAGGGUCCACGGUUAGAUAUUGUGCCCAGUGGUUUACCUUGGAAAGCAAGAAUAUGUGCUGAAUACCUUCUUUGUGCUUUUCCGGGGUUUUUUUUUCUUCAAAUUUUAACUCUUAAUUCUGGUGUACCAAAUUUUCUUUUCUCUCACACUGAUUUUAUGACCAAGGUUUGAUUCCCUUUUAAGGACAAUUUUGCCACUGAAUGUGCGUAUUUUAAUUUCAGCAAUGUUUUCGUUUGAUGCUGGAUAAUUAUUGCCAAUUAAAGAAUAAAACAUGAAAACCCUCUAUGGGGCAACGUG